UUAUAUUAUUAAGGCGCAAGUACAACGGUAGUAAUUUCGAUGCUUUAGUGAGUUCUCAAUUUCAUUGUGUAAAUAUGUCAUUUUGCAAUCCAUUGGAUAUUGCUGAUUUCCGGAGAAAGAGAGAGAAGGCCAAUAAGAACCAAUCGCGGUUAUUGGUGCGAACUAUAAGAGAAUAAAAAUGUUUGACAUACGCAUGUAAUAACAUACGCAUCAAAGAUAAGAAAAAUACAUUAUUAAAGAAUUAAGAUAGACUAUAAUUAAUCAAGGCUCCUGGGUAUUCGCGUAGGCUGUCUUCGUUUGACGAUGUUAGGAGCAAAAAAUCACAUAUUCACGAUUCCUCCGUUAUUUGUUGACAUAAAAAGAUAUAUCCAUUUAAAAGCACUAAUUGAUUCAGCAAAUUUGCAAAAUGCUCUAAUAUUCGCAAUAACCGCAAUCAUCUCUCAUUGAUCCUUUCUCUCUCUUUCUUUGGUUGUACCUAAGAACCUUGUUUAUGCAAGGUGUCUGAUGAUAACAUGUAGAACGUUGGUAUAUCGUAGGUAUAUCGAUAUUGGAUAUAUCAAACUAAAUAAAAAAUUCCUGUACUGUUUUACAAAUAAUUCUAUAUAGAUUUUUGAGUUAUUAAUUAACUCUCUAUUAUUCUCGUCCGGCUCGACGAACGUUAGUGCUCGUGUGUAAGCGUCGUGCCUGUAUCAUUAUGUUAGUGCGAUGUUGACAUGUGUUGCUAUCAAUACAAUUGAUACACUAUCAUAUAUACAUUUGUUGCUAAUACAAUUUAAUUUAACUUUUAUAUGUAAUUAAUAAAUUUAUAUAUAAUCGAUAUUUAUAUUUAUAUUUAAUUCUACACAUAAUUUAUAUGUAAUUUAUAAACUUUAUGUGCGUAACUUUUGGUUAAAUUAAAUUUAAAUGAAAAUUCGUUUAUCAUUACAUCAAUGCACUCUUGUAUGAACGAGGAAAUGCAUUAAAAUAUUUAUCAAUUUAUCGACCAGAGUAAAGCUUAAGCUUGGCAAUAACGCGAGUUACGUUGACUGUAUGACCUUUGUUCUCGCCGUGAGCGCAACGAUCAAAUCUAACGCGCGUUAACACUUUCAGAGACUAUCAGGAAGAGUUAUACUAACAAAAUUGAGGAAAUCAUCAUACAAUUAUAAUUUUUAAGAUUAUUAAGUGAAAAGUCAGAGAGUUACAGACUCAACUUUUAUGCCACAUUUGCAUAAUAUGAAGACAAAAUUUGGACUAAGCGUUCCCCUCAAACGGGAGCAACGGAGGGUUAAAGCAAAUUGGCGAAUAAUCACACACAAUCGUUCAUCAAUUUUCUUUAAUUAAUAACUGUAAACUUUACUUGCUUGUUCGCAAAAUGGUAAAGGAACUUUUUGUUCAGUUUGACCUCAUCUACACGUACACGAGAGUUCUAUAUGUACUAUUAAAUAUUCUGUAUAACUCAUGAUUUCGUUUGUCAGUGAGUUCAUAAUUAUAUUAUUAAAAUUAAACGAUAAUUCGUAGCUCAACAGCAUCGAACGCACAAUACGCAACCGACAUUGAUUCGCUUGGCAAGGGUUGAAGCUGCGACAGCCCUCCUCGAGCCUUUCACCAAUCCAGAAGCGAGGGAUGUUUACCCUGGGCAGGUAUAGCAAAGGGUUACAACAAAGGAUUAUAAGAACGGGGUGAGCCUGCAUUACGAGGUGGGUUAAAUAAGUGAGAGCGUUCCCAUUGGCUAUCAGCCACGUGGUAGGGUUGACAUUUAAAGUACGUAGGAGUUAACGAAUUAAGCUGUUUGGCACCCUGAACUCUGUACAUCCUCCUUCGACUUAUCCCAAUGGCCCACUGGAAACAUCUGCUGAUGUUUCCCUCUCACGUUAAUUGGACUUAAAAAUGAUUCCUGCUGCUUGCGUGUUAUUCAGUAUAUUUUUUUAUGUACAAUAUAACAGACACAUACUUGAUUCCGCGUGAAUAUGCGCCCUCGCCAUAACUCCCAUGGCCGAAAAAUCCCGUCCAAACCACGCUUUAAUCUUUCGUCUCCGCAAGAAAAAGAACAAAGGACCAUCGAAAUAAAAAAACAGGAUGUUGGCCCAGUGUGCACGCAUGUUGCAUAAAUUUUGUCCAACGAAGCAUAUUUCCGUCUGCUCGAAAUGGACGAAAAAGAAAAGCAACGCUCGCUUUUAGAAAUCCUCAAGGCCGACAUACUUAUUUCGUACAAUUGUAAGACUUUUUAUGGCCUGUUUCCCUUUUUUGGGACAUGAGUCAAGAUAGGUUCUGACUAAUUUGCUGAAAGUAUCUCAAAGAGUAUGAUCACCCAGUAAAAUUGGUUUAGAUGCAAGAAUUCUCUAAAAGUUGUGCUUUCCAUACUAAAAAAGUUCCAUAUCCUUGAGGCGUAUCCUUUUCCGGAAGAUAUCCACAAAAAAAAAAUAAAUAGAUAUGGUUAAAUAUAUGUCAUAGUGAGAAAAAGGUACCCUCGUCAAGUUUAAUAAUACUCUCGUUACAUUCGUUACACUUUACCGAGAAGAGACGAGAAGAAAAUUACACUUUUUAAAAAAGAGUGUGUUGAGAACAUUAUCAGACAUACACAGAAUAUUAUUUUCGCAAGGAACUUUUUUAUUUUCGUUAGGAUAUGAAGAUGAAACUUUCAGAAAAUUCUAUUUAUCAUGUGGUAGAUACAAAAAACUGAUAAAAAAAACUAAUUAAAAAAACUUACGCCAAUUAUUUGAAAUAUAUAUUAAUGGAUUCAAUGAAAUGGAUUCACAGAAAACCUUAGACCGCGCAGUAAAUUGAUUUGUGUUACUUUGUUUUUUGAGAAACGUUAUUUUGCGAAGUCAUCCUUACUGUAACCACGUUUAUCACAACGAUGUAUAUGUGUGUGUGCUAUAGAUAAUGUUGCACACAUAACACGGGUAUUCGCACGCGCUGGCAGGCCAUUACGUAAAAUUAUGCCGAGCCGAGGAACAUAUGCAACGGCACGGACGAUCCAGAGAUCGGAGAUUUGGAGCGCGUGGGCGAUUUUAAAACCAACAAUGACGCGUUUAUGCCUGACACCUGCUUAAGUGAGAAUCAGGAGACAAAUAUUAACAUCUAUAUUUCCAGCGACGCCGGCCGAGUCGUAAAUGGGAGAGGAAGAAGGCGGCUUUUGUUCGACCCCCGAGAAUACAACUAUGGAUUCGAGGCCCUAUCGUGUGUGAUUCGAGAUAAUUAACGCUUUGCAAUUUGGAACAAUAAGCGAAUUUCGGCGUUCUCUUGAUGCAACAUUAUCUGACACGUUAAUGUAGAACGCGCUUUUGACGUAAAGGAUAAAGAUAUGAUAUUCUCUAACUAAAAAUUGUUGUGGUUUGUACAAAAUUGGUAAAAACAACUUUCCUCUACACACAGAAAAAUUAUUACUGCUAAGAAAAGCGAUUACUCAGUUUACUCUUUCCCCCUUUUAAGUUAUGGUUAUCUUCAACAAAGAAUAUUUCUUUGAUAAUAGUCUAAUAAUCUAAUCUAAUUUAGUCAAAUAUACUAAUCACAAGGUUUAGAAAAACUUAUUAUCAUGUGUGUAUAUGUUGAUAUAUGUUCAAAAAAAUAACUUAUUUUAUAUUACGAGAAUAAUAUAAACCUUCAUUGAAAAAACAGUUAGUUCGAUUCUAUGUGGUAAGCAAACCGGAUUUUUGUUUUUAUUUAAUAUUCUUGAUUGCUAAGCUUACUAGGAUUCAGAAUGCAUCUUCAAUAAAUUUAAAGCUUUUGAUGAACUCUUAUGAUAGAUUUGCGAAUAUAUGAACUCAUGAAAUACUUGAAACACACAAGUAAUAUUUACUUGAAUGCAAUAUGCAUUUUUGUGUAUGUUUUUAUGCUAAGUAUAUUCUUGUAAAUCAUAUAUUUUUUUUCUGUUAACACAGAAAUGUGAGCCUGCAGCAUUACUUUCGUAAUAAACUAACGUCCUUUUAUUUGAUCGAUUUCGAUUAGUUUAUGGAACAAGAAAAAAAAUUAUUUUCCACACACAUUACAAAAUAAUACUUCAUACGGUAGAGAGUAUUAACGCGAGACUUCCAAACGUUCGUAAUUUACUUUCAAGUCAAACUUUUCUCUUUUUUAAUAAUAUUCUAAUGAAAAUCAAUGAAAAACACUUAUAUUUUAUAAUGUUAAUAUUUUAUAUUAACAUUUUAAUUACUAUUUUAUAAUUUCUUUUCCAUAUUUCUAUAUUUCUAUAUUUCUCCCACGAUAAAUACAUAAACAAAACAUCCUACCAACUCGCCCCUAAUACAAAACUGUUCCAGUUUCCUUUAUGGAGCAAGACAUUCUCCGUGGAGGGGACAGCAUUUGGAGACAGACAAUUUUUUCACAAACCAGCGAUGGUUGCAAGCGUGUCGUUCAAAUAAGAAUCAAUAACACCCUAGUUCUACUAUAUUGACCUGUAAAAAACAAGUGUGCAACACAAUAGGAAAAAGCAGACCAAAAAAGGAACUCCUGUGCAAUUUCGGGUGUCCUUGACCGGCAAACACACUAAAAAAAAAAAUGCCUCGGAUUGGUAAACGUCCAGUAACGAGGAUUGCGUUUUUUCUCUCCCACCCAUUCCAUCACACCGACCAUUGUGAACUUCUUAUUUCUAACAGUGCGUCGGCAGAGACAGCUCACAGUGCAUCGACAUAAUCCAUACGGUCCACUUGACUUCGGGCAGUCUCUUUCGCUUCCCCGCCGUGUGCGUUUGAAGUUCCGUCCUGUCGUCAGCGGUUUCUUCCGCACGAGUGUGUUCUACUUGUUGGAGGGUACGCUUCUUCUUCGCUUUCCUCUUUGGCCAUCGGUUGAGGAACGUCGGAUCGCGUUGGCGGAUUGGAACAAGUUUGCAGAUUCGCACCGUUUGACACGUCCCGGCAACAUAGAAGAACACGCCCAUAAGAUCUCACUUAAAAUGGUCUCCUAAGUGGCCAGCCACUCACUAUGAAGCCGGACCCUGACAAGAAACAACUUCUGAGUAACAACAAGAAGGCGUCACAGACAUUAUUCCCUCCGAUUGGCUCUCCUGCGACUACUGGUCUGUCUUUGCUGACCCAGCAGCAGCUAAUUGUUGCCAGUCGGACUGCAGCAUUUAUGGCUGCAGGUUUACCGGUAUCUCUGCACGCAUCGUUAGCUACCAAUCCGUCGCUCUAUCAUCAUCCUCACAAUUUCUUCGCCAAUUGGGUGCAGCCAUCGUCUUCGCCACCCUCCACCCUCCAACAUCCAUCGACGCCGCAUUCGCAGAGUGUGGGUACGCGGUCCACCCAGCACAAUCCACCCAGCACCAUCACGAGCAGCAGCAACAACAAUAACAAAAGUACCAACAAUAAUAACAUGAGCGAAAACGACAGAUCCGGCAAAAAGAACCAGUCUACCAAGAGGAAAUCAACUAAAGUGAAAACAGAAAUCGCACCAUCAUCCCCUUUGGAGGCCGCGACUUCGGCCAGCCCAGUUCCUACGAUCAGUCCUGAGGCGGGAAAGGACAGCAAGGAUAAGGUCUUCACUUGUGGAACAUGUGCGCGAUCAUUUGGUUAUAAGCAUGUGCUGCAGAAUCACGAGCGCACGCAUACCGGCGAGAAGCCAUUCGAGUGUUCGGAAUGUCACAAGAGAUUCACCCGGGACCAUCAUCUAAAAACACACAUGCGACUCCACACGGGCGAGAAACCUUAUCAUUGCAACCACUGCGACCGACAGUUCGUUCAAGUAGCGAAUCUCCGCCGUCAUCUGCGGGUACACACGGGCGAGCGUCCGUAUACUUGCGAAGUAUGCGGGUCCAAAUUCAGCGACUCGAAUCAACUGAAGGCGCACGCACUGAUACACAGAGGCGUGAAGCCGUUCGAAUGUGAUACUUGCCAAGUACGAUUCAGAAGGCGACAUCACCUGAUGCAUCAUAGAUGUGGCACAGGCCACCCGUCGCAGGCCGAAUCACGGUCACAGGCCGCCGACACGAAAUCGAACGCAAGCGAAGAUCUGGAAGAUAAUGCCGAAACCGAGACGCAAUCAGACGAUAUGGAGAGCAUUAUGCACAGCUCCAAGAAAAUCAAGGGAGGAGACCAGGAGGAAUCAUCGAGUUUGACGGUUGACGAGGCUCCGCCGAUUCCGUUGGAUCUGUCCGGGAUUCCAGUCAAUCUGCCUGAGCAAACGGAGCCCGAGGAUUUGUCUAUGUCCACUGGCAGGCUAGUCUCGGCUUGCAACAACACCAGCAGCGGCAGCAGCUCGUCGACCACUCGCAACAACAGUCCCAGCAGCGAUGUCGUCCAAGAGGACGACGAAACGCGCAACGUCUCCGCUGUCAGACCGACGAGUAAUCUGUUCCCACGACAACUGCGCCGCAAAUGCAAUCGUCGUGAGAAUGUGAGCGCGGCCAGCACAUCCAAGGCCGAUCUCGCAUCCUAGUGGGAUUCUCACUGGUAUGUAGAGAAAACAACCCUCUUGUCCUCGGUGUCGGAUGGUAUCCUUCUGCUUGAGGCUGGCAUUGUCGCGAGUCUUGUUGGCUAAUGAAGACGAAUGUGAGCAUUAAAGCGUGAAAGACCGAACUAUACGCUCCAAUUUCUACCUCGAGUCAAACUGAUCAGCCAUGCAUUGGCUCGUACUGAUUCAACCGGUAGGUCUCUAUAUCGAUUCGUAGUCAUUAUUGUUAAGAUGCUUUUUAUAAAUAUAUAUAUAUAUAUAUAUACAUAUUAUAUAUAUACUACAUAUAGAUUAUAUAUAUAUAUAUUAUCGUACCGUGCGAAAAUAUGCACAUUGAUACGAAUACCAAGCGACAAGUCUAUAGAUGUAUAUCCUAUAGAAAAUAUGUAAUUUAAAGGGAGAGACAAACAUAAAUUCAGGGACAUAUUUACUGUUGACUGUUUACUUGGACUCUGAAACGGUGUUUGGACGUCCAGAUGACUCAGUACGAGCCGAUAGGCGCGACUCGUGAUAAUGAGACAGGCGAAGAAGUGUAUCUCAUCAUAUCCAUCUGUUGGAAUCUCGAAUCCAUGAUAAUAACGCACGCAUAUGUAUUUAUAUGGAAUAAAUAUGCGUGUGCACAUAUGCGUUACAGCAAAGAUGGUUAACUCUUUGAUAGUUAUUUUUUUUUUAUAAAAUGACAAAUAAUUCUAUAAAAAUAACUAUGGUUUUUAUUCUCAUUGGACAUUUUGUGCAGUCACACGGAAUUAAGCGUCUAUGCCGUAACGCACAUUUGCAUAGAAAUGAUCAUGAUGGAUUCGAUGUUACAGAAAAAAGAAGGAAAAAAAGAACAAACGAUUUACACGCGAACUUUCCCGAAGGUUCGGCCCGUCGUGCGCAAAAAUGCUUUUGCGUUGUACAUAAUUUCGCAUCGGUACAGAGAAAUCAUAUUUAGUUAAUCGUUGUAAUAACCGUUAAUGUGUUUCGUUCAACAAACGUGUUGCGGUACAGUUUGAUGUGUAUAGUUAGAUGAAUAGAGGCUAUGUCGGAAAGAAAGAAGUGCGCGGCACCCCUGUGCAUCUUUCACAGAGUAUAUGUGUUGUAUCGCGUCGGGAGAAGUGAGCGACGAUGCGAGAGAAUGAGCGAAUGUUGUAUGUAUGUGCGUGUGUAUAUGAGAAAGAGAGAGAGGGAGAGAGAGAGAGAGAGAGAGAGAAAGAGAGAUGAAAACAUGUGUCUGGCAUGAAUGUAUUUGGUAUACAAGUUCCUCUGACAGUUAAAGUAGCGGGGAGGAGUGACGACGGUCCGUCGAUCCACUGUCGCUAUAUCGGGAGUUCAUGUUUUGCUCUUUUUCUUUUUUUUGUACUAAACAUUUAUAAUGUGUUAUUCCCUGUUGUCGUUACUUUCCCUUAUCAUCCCAAGAUUUGUUGUACUGAGAUACGUAUGUUGCACGGGAGUCACCUAGAUCGAACGCGCGCUUUCAGCAACUUGGUGGCACGGUGAUCCUGUCCGCCGAGUGUCGGCGCCGAGUAUCGUCGUAACGUUCGCGUUCGAGACGUUCCGUGCACCAGCAAGAGAUUAUUAUGACGUACAUGAAACCAUUACAUGCGUUUUAUAGUACAUGUUGUUUAAGAUUUAGGACUUACGCGCGGCCACAUGUGACGAAAAUCCGACGACAAUCAAACGUCCGAAGGGACGCGCUUUCAAGUUAACGCGCAGACGAUUGGUUACAUAGCGCGAGCGGGAGAUGUGACGUGUAAUGGUAGCAAAGGGAAGCAAUCAGUCGCGUUGUUCGACAGUUCUCCCACACCAACCAAGGCUAUAAGGACACAGCGGAGUGUCAUGAUCGUCAGCUGAGUCGAUCUCAGAUUGGAACCAACCACCACCACCACCUCCAUUACCUCCUACAGUUUCACCUUGCUCGUACACUAGAAUGCGGCUCUCAUAAUCGAGAUCUUCUCCGAUUUCCGUCUCCUUAUCCAUCAGAUGCGGAUACACCCGGCCCCGAUCUCUUCAAAGAACUCUGGUUCUUUUAUAUCCUGGGCUCUCAGCCGGCGCGCGUCUUUCGCACGAACCAGUUUUCGCGAUCUCACACCGGUCCGUCGAGAAAUUUGCAGCCGGUCAUGUGGUCAGUUUCACCUUUUGGCCCGGGUCCUUGCGCAAUCGUUCAAUACUCGUCUGAUUUAUAUCCGCGUCGUUGCAUGCAAAUUUGUCACCCUGACCGCCGACUCAAGGCCACCUCGAAGCUCAUUGUGCGGCACCGAGUCGCCUCCGGUCCGGCAUGCUUUCCGGGCUCACCUACACUCAACGCAGUUCGAUUCGCCUACUAUAACGCAACGGAGGAGCCUGAAUACUUUUCUGUGUGUGGGUCUCUUUUGCUUACCUCGAGAUACAGCGGCUGACGGAAAAGUAGAGCAGAACAUUGGGGGGUCCUCUCUCCUACUCUUUUGCAUUUUGCACGAGUGUCGCUCGAAAUGCCUGGUUGCUUGAAUUACCCUCGUUUAUCUUUUGCCCGUUCCGCUCGACCGUGUCACACGAAAGAAGAGACAAAAGAAGCGAGAAAAGUUGUGUAGCUUUACCAUCGCGCCACUAACUGUUCCUCAGGCCUUCAUCUCGCAUUUCCGUUAGUUCUUCGGAGAAUAUUCGCCCCUUUCGAGAUACGUAUAUAUAUAUCGUAUUCAACAUAUAUAUAUACCAAAGGACAAAUACUCUUCACGUGCUUUACUUACUUUAUACACAUACACGCGUGUAUGUGUAUACAACCUAUGUAGCAAUCGUUGAAAUCGCUCGAAUAAUUCAAUGAUAUCCAGCAUACGAAUGAUGAUAAAUUCCAAAAUAUACACGAAAUAUCACGAGAAAUCUGAUAUGAAUUUCGUUUACGAAGCAGCCGUGUGAAAUGACGUACUGAUUAUCGGUUAUUGUAUUCGUGCCAUUUCCGACGUUUCGUAUGCGUUAUAAUUUUUGUACGUUUCUUGUGUGAGCGCGUUAAUUAAGAUUUAGGAAUUUUUAUUUAACGGUUUUCUUAAUAUUUCGCCUAACUUAUUACGAGUUGAUCUCGCUUAGGAAAAUUCUAAUGAGCAUCAAAGUUUAAGCCAUCUCUGCUAUUCCCUCCCCUCUGUCCUCUCUCUCUCUCUCCUUUACACUUUCCCCUAUAUUUUAUAAAAAUAGAUCAGGUCCACAAUUUUCGUUUAUCCCUUUGUCGAUCUUUUUCCAGAAUCGCUACCGAGAUAUCCUUUCUCUCCCAAUGGAUCCUCGUUCUCCUGCACAUCGGAACGUCUCGUUCUCGUGUUGCUCGCAUAAGAAUUCGCGAUUCUUCGUUCGAUCGCGCCGAAAGCGCGCGUCGUUCGAUUAUUUCGACAUGAUAACACAUCGUAUCUCCUUUUGUGUUCUUAAGAUAUAGUUCAGAAAAAAGAAGAAGAAACGUAAUACCGUUGCUUUAGUUCACCUGUAUAUUAGUUUUGUCGGUCGCAACGCAGCGGAGACGACAAUUCUGCACGGAUACUGCGAAUUCGACAAUGCUUCUUGAUUUGCUUGCCAAAAAAAAAAAUAAAAACUUGAAAGAGAUUAAAUAUUAUUAUAUAUACAGGUGACAUGACGAUAAUAUAUGAAACUUUUGUGUGUAUAGAUUAGAGGCCGAAUUAAACAAAAAAUUCCUUUACCAUUUUGCUAACGGCCAUGUAAAAUCUUAUCAAUUAAAGAAGAUUAGCAAAUGUGUAUGUAUAGAUCAUGCGUUGUGCGACGAAUAAUGGAGGUGUUUGUAUAACAGGUUAGGUUAAACUGAACAAAAAAGUCCUCUACAAUUUGGUAUUUUGCAAAUAACCACGUAGAUUUUUUAGUUAUUAAUUAAAGAGGCUUGCCGAACGAUCAGCCGUGAUUAUUCGCCAAUUUUCCUUAAUUAAUAACUAAAAAAUCUAUGCGAUUAUUUGCAAAAUGGUAGAGGACUUUUUGUUCAAUGUAAUUUGACCCAAUGUACAAUCACACAAAUCACAACGCAAAUCACACGCUUAUCGCCACACUCUGCACUGUGAUCAUUCGCCAAUUUUCUUGAAUUGAUAACUCAAAAUUUUGUUCGCAAAAUGAUAGAAGAACUUUUUGUUCAAUUUGACCUAAUCUACAUAUAUAAGAGAGUUUUAUAUUUUGUCGUCAGUACAUCAGUCACUGUAUAUCGAUACACUGUGUUGUGUACUUUCGGAAGAUUACUAGUUUGGAAUUUGCUCCAAAUUGUUGUUUUCAUCUUCUGGCUGUAAAGUUACGAUCAAAUUUGAUCGGUGCACACUCUUAGAUUGUUCGAGUACGACUCGAGGAUCACACAAGUCGAUGAGUUACUGACUGUCACCUCCGCUGAAUGCGUCCGUCGGGACACCAUUCAGUUUGCAACUGGGCUGGUAGACUGCGACAGAGGUCAGUAGGCCUCGACCUCGUACCCCGAAAGAAAGACAGAUCUCAUCCAGAAUCCCCGAGUUUAUUGUACAUAGAGAAAAAAAAAAGAGAGAGAAGUGUAUAUCAACCGCCCUUUGGGUAGAGAGGAUCGCAUGAGAAGCGAAUUCACUAGCGAGAGCGUCGCGCGCCUUCUUUCUGUGUUUUCUUUUUUUCCCUCCUUCCCUCCUCCCCUUUCCCCUCCCCUUUGCCUCUCGAUGACAGGCGAACGAGCGUACAGAGAGGUGCCGUGACAGAGAGCGCUUAACGAAUUUGCUUGUGGCCAGUUCGCGACAAUCGGCAAGACGAGAACCGGUCCGCUCAUCUCGCGCGACAGUACAGACGGGACAGACACGUCGGGCUUGAAGAGAGUGACUUGAUCACAGAGAGAGAGGCGUCGCGAUUAAUCGAGAAUGGCGCCGCGGAAGCGUGCCCUUUGUGUCCAAAGUGUACCACAAGCAAAAGCUUUCCCUCGUCACGCAGCCUAAUCGCGAGAAAUUACAAUUGCUGGUUCGUUAUAAUGUAACCAAAAAAAGAGGAGAAUAGGGAAAACGUUCGACAUCUUAUCAGGAGUCGGCGUCGGUAUUACGCCGUCGACUUCGCACAGAGGCAAAUCGCGGAUGGUCUCUGUGUUCCACUCGGUUCCGCGAUGAUCAAUAAUUGACAAUAUCGUCAGAUUUUGUUGUCGCGUUCGUGUGGACGCAGAAAUUGCAUUUACCGAAAUACACGGACCCCGAUCUGUCCUUGCUACUCGGUGAGAAAACGUUCUCAGACAGUGCAAACAGUGCAAAUCUAACGGACCUCUUAGAGGUCUUAGAUGUCUAGAAAACAUGGACGUCUUUUGGACGUUUUUUUGAGACAUCCUGACUAGAACCUUAUUCAAUACUCCUGAUCAGUUUGAUCGCAAUCAGUCAUUUGGUUUGUAUAAAGUGAUGUUAGUAGGCCCUCAUUAUUAAUAAGAUCCAAAUUAUUAAUAAUCCCUCGUUAUUAACCCUUACACUGCGGAAAAAAUUAACCCUUACACUGCAUGUGUACGCUCUCCGAAAGUCUCCGCUGUCUGUGGACAGCGUCUUGAAGUGUCUAACGAUCAAUUCUCACUGCGUGCGGACAGUGCAUGAAAGCAUCUGAUGCUCAACGCUAAUACGAGUGUGAUCCAUUAGACGUUGCUUUGAAGCGCCGUGUGGACCAACCGUGGCUUUUCUUUAAACGCUUCAAGACUUGUGCAACAUCUAAUGGAUCGUACCUUAUGUACAGAAGUGAGGCAUCGUGACGUCUGCGCCAGCUUCGCGCCGCACAGAGAGAUCGUCUUGCUGACAAACGGCCCACAAUUUAAGGGUUAAUAAGGCUCACGUUGCGUUACAGGACUUACCAGGGUCCGAUAACAUCACUUUAUACAAACCGAAAUAACUGACUGGGAUUAAUCUGAUCAGGUUAAAUUCUGGAUAAAUUUCUAGUCUUUUAGGGAACUUUGUGCUGUUUGGGUUCUCACACGUCGACUCAUAUAUCCGUAUUCAUAGUCAGGCCUUAUAUCUAAAGCUUCCUUAAAUUUAUUUUCAAAUACCCUGUAGCUAAUAAAAUAAUGUAAAUGAUACAAACGAUGUCGAAUAUUUGAAGAUAAACUUAAAGAGGCUUUAAAUGUAAGGUGCGACUACGAAUACGGGCAUUAUUAUCAUUUCGAUGACCGACGAUCCACCGAUUAUUUCGAGUAAUGUCGUUCAUGGCAACACGGUACGUACGUUCUUUCGACUCGUUCAGCGUUUGCACAGUCGACUGAUUAAGUAUCGCAGAACUUCUCCUCGAUGAGAAAUGCUGCGACAUUCGUAACGCAUCCAAUAAGAGAAUUUGUGUUUUAGUAAUUCUCAGGAGGUACGUUUCCUUACUGAAUGAAUACAGAAUGCGUUGCAGAACUCACCGAGGAAAAGCGUGGCUGUACUUAAUCGGCCGACUGUACAUGUGAUAUUGAAUUUUGGGCUUCGUUGAGGUCCAAUCGCGGCGAUCGAUUUUAACCCGACCCGCAAGCGUAUGUAAUAAUCCGUCAGGAAUCAUAAUCGAAUAACGGAUAACCGCGUCCUACUUUUGUUCCUAACGUUCGACGUCGAGCGUGAUCCAUGACGUCGGGAUGCCGAGGCAAUCCUCGGCGAUCAGGCCGACGGAUUCUCCGCUUGGCGCAAGUACGCGGAGUGGACCGCGCGAUGUUGAAUGCAAGAAGAGUACCUUGAAGGAUAUCGAUUCCUAAUUAAUAGUCGUAAUAGUCGUAGAACGCCCGAACGCCACUUGUAACUUAUGUUCCUACCGUGAUCGGUCUUGCGGACCGCAAUUGUUCGUUCUUUUUCUUUCUUUCGUUUCCUCGCUAGACAGGCUGAAGAGUUACAAUGUUAACGAAAUGGCCGAUAUAUCGACCGAGAGAUAUUGACCAGAGGUGAAGAACCACGCGUCAAGUACCUAUCGUGUUAAUGAAUAGAGCUGUCGCUUGUCCUACCUACUGUCGUAAUCAUUAUUAUUGUUGUUGUCCUCUUACUCUUAACGUGCAAAAACUAUGUAUACAUAUUAUAUAUUUGUGUCAAAUAGCCGUAACGUUGUACCAAUACGAUGUGUGCUCGUAAACGGGAUCGCGUGUUACGGACGAGAAGCAGCGUACGUCGAAAUAUAAAAUGCAGAGACAGAAAGAAGUGAGGAAGAGAAGAAUGUGUGCACACUCUCGUAGAGAUAAUGUGUGACACACAUGUGCAACUAUAUGACUAUAUAAGAAACGAGCAGGAAGACUCGGAAGAUAUGGUGUGGCACGCGAGAACAAAAAGCAGAUUAAUUUUGGACAUUCAGUGUGUUCAGAACCAAGAAAAGGAAGGAUUAAAUUGUUGGGAUGUCAGAUUAAAUUUCAGUAUCAGCAAAUCAAGAUGUUUACACAGCCCAACGUUCAGGACCAAAAUAGAAAAGGAUUAUAUCGUUGGGAUACCGGAAAGAUUAAAUUUUUGGGAAGGAUUAAAUCAGUAAAUCGGUAUCGAGAUGUUUUCGCAAGCCAACUGUGUCUUGAUAUUUUAAAAUAUCUUGAUAUUCUAAAGAAAGGAAACUAUUAUUUUCUUUGGCUAAGCCAAACGUUUUCUUUCACUAAGCCAUGCCAGAAAUUUUAAUCUCUCCUUCCUCACAUCUUACUUUUAGAUGUUCAAUGACGUCUUCAUUCUGUUAUCGCGCGGAGUUUGACCACGUGAGUCGACAUUUGUCGAGAUUACCAAAGCGGGCCUGAACCAAAGGCAGCACGGUUACUAUCGUAAUCGUAUGCGUUUUAUCGCGACUUUUCAACCGCGGCUCUCCGUACUCCGCGAUCCCAGUUCGUUCGGAUGCUCGGGAGUAAUCUUAUGUACCUAUCAUUAUGUAUACUUCUUUGUAUAUCUACGUGUAACUAAAGUUAUAUUCUAUAAUUUUGUACAGCGAAAUCGCGCGGCGCGCGCAAAUUCGGGCACACGCGAGCCGACGCGAUCACUCGCACCGAGUGCCAACCUCCUCGGGCCUGUUCUUCUUAGCUGAACUUCGGCGCUGCGCUGGAACGUGGUUCCUUUCCUCAUCUCUCAAUAUUAGAUCGCAUAUUUAUUUGACUAUUAAAGCAAGAGGUGCAGCCCAGUCGAGCUGAAAGGAACGGACCUCUGUACGGGAUGCGCGUCCCGACGUUGCGCGUUGCGCUUGCUCGAAUUCUCGCGCGCGUUUUACGAGACACGGUACAAAUUCAGACCUUACGCCUAAAUACGAUGAAAUCGAUUGAAACACGGUCUCACGAAGUAAUAGGUAAUGAUAAUAAUCUCGAUACGCCGUAGUGGAAAAGUGUAUCUGGCCACUUGACGCGCUCGGUUGCCACAUUACGCGUAGGAGUAUCGCGAGUGCUCUUUGUCUCUCUAUCUCUCUUUCUUUCUUUCUCUCUCUCUCUCUCUCUCUCUCUCUCUCUCUCUCUCUCUCUCUCUCUCUCUCUCUCUCUCCGGUGCUCGUAUAAUUGACGAUUCACGGAUUGCGCGUUUUCAUUCUGGGAUCCUCAGCCGCGAUCUCGUCGCUACUUCAUUCGCGCGAGAGCCAACUUUUAUGUCGCGGGUAAACAUCGUUCGACGCUCGUUAUGCGCGACGUACAAACGCGAACCGCAAAUCAAGUGGCACUGAAUGUAUACUAUGAAACUGACACUACCUCACCAGACAUCUAAUAUAUCUCUCAACCACAAGACUGAUUUUAUAUAUAUAUAUAUAUAUAAAUAUAUAUAUAUAAAUAAUAUUCUUAAAUAAUCUUAUUAUUAAAGAGAGGGUAAAACGCAGAAAGGGCGGAGGAAGGAGAAAACGAGGCGUAACGGAUGCGUUUGAGGAGGAAAAUAUCGUUAGUACAAAUAUAAUAUGAUCCGUUUUGUAAGUAAUUCGCGUCUAGGGAGUAACAUUAUAAUUGUAAUUAAUAAUUACUACAUUGCUGCCAAUUUCGAAUUCCUAUUGUGAAUAAAAAGGGGAAAGCGAGAGGAGGCGCCCUUUGUAUCGUAUGUGUUUACUCGUAAUUUUCAUGCCCCGAUCUCUGCAAUCACGCAUUAUUCAGUUAUCUGAAAUGUUCUAUCGGAUUGACUGGUCUGUGAAACUAUUUUUAUUAUUAAAACUCACUGUUUCAUCGUU